AUGGGCGGUCCACCAAAAUACAAUGCGUCGUCAAGCUACAUAGGCCGUACAGGAGGAGAGACCCAUACUUCGACAUACAUUAGUGGGGCUAAGACGGCAAGCACUGGUUCUCAUAGCCCGGGUCUUGUCAGUACCUUCACAACGAAACCCUGGAUUAAGGAAGGUACAACUUUGUCUUCCUCCACUGGCGGUUUUUUUUCAGCAACUACCGACGAUACUAAAAUAGGGACAUCAACAACCUAUUAUACGUCAUCAAGUACAUCAUUUGUACUAGGUAUAACCGCUUUCCCUUCCGGUCCUAGCGCUUUUCGUCCACCAGCCACUAGCGAUGCCAAUCCAGAGACAAACUUACCACCGACAGCCUAUAAUAGACCUUCACGUACAUCAUAUCCGCCAACCGUAACCAUCACGACUUCCGCCACCUCGUUUUCUCUGAUUGUGACUCCAUCAGAGGUCCCUGAUGUAGUCGGCGGCGAACCCCAACACCCCGAUUGGACAAGUGCGGCGGACAUCCAAUCCACAAGAUGGCCGUUGUGGUUGAGUUCUUCUACAGCUAGCACAUUGCUGAUAGUGUCUACAGAACAAAGCGCAUAUCAGGCAACAAUUAGUCCCGGUUCAGGUUCCCAAUAUAGAAGCCCGUCUUCGACUACUCUCAGUGUGACCAGCUUCUAUACUCCUUCUACGGGAGAGAUGACCAUACAGCCUGACUCAUCAUCAUGGGUCAGCCCACCGCGGCACAGGAGUGGUUUGGAAACCGGCGGAUCCUCGUCGGCCGGUAUUCCAAGCACAACCAUGUCGUUCACUACUUUAAAUAGAGAGUAUCCAGGUGUCAAUGAGGCGUUCUUGACCUCAGCCAUCAAAUCUCCGAGCUAUUCUCUCGGUGUGAUCACAGCGCCAUCUACACAGUAUAUUGUUCCGAUUUCGACCACCACAUCACAUUCCGCGUCUAAAAGCACUUCCCUACACCCGUACAUAUCAGAGACGAGUACGAUCUUCAUCAGCAAAGAAUAUGUUUCCGGUAGCUUACCAUUGCGCUCCGGAACAGACUGGUCCCAACUGGCGCUCACUACCACACUAUCCCCUGGACAAAACACCGUGACAUAUAACACGGGAGCAACAGACUUCAGGCCUACACAGACAACUCAAUAUUCCGCUUCGCCCACAAGCAGCACAGGGAAGAUCCAGUCUAUUGACGACAGUAAUCAAUCUUCGGUGGUAUUAAAAAGAAGCGCUGAAAUAUCUGCCGGGGCGGUUGGCGCAGCUUUAUGUCUUUGUAUCGGAAUUUUUGCCUGGGCCAUUCCUAAGAGAUUGAAUCGGAACACGGUGAUCAUGUCAUCGCGUACAAGAUUCCCUUUCUACUGGGUCGUUGGUGGCCUAUUCCAAUCUUUAAUAUUCGCAAACGUCCACACACACCCUGCCUUGAAACAUAGAAGAUGGUUGGGAUCCACCAACAGCUCAGUCUCCGGUUCUGAAGUCCAUCUCACCAUGGGGCGUUCUGGGAGUAGCCUCAUUGGGCUGGUCGAGAUAGGAACCCCUGGACAGAGCGUCUAUGUUCAAUUCGACACCGCAUUUGAUGAAACAGUGAUACAACCUGUUUCGCAAGUUAAUCCUGUUAUAGGCACUGGUGUAGGAUACGAUUAUAGUUCUUCAACGUCGUUUAUUCCUAUAACAGGGAUCAAUGACUCUCUCUUCGAUGUCUCAACGGGGGUUGUUUUGACCGAGACUGCCAAUGAAACAUUCAAUAUCGGAGGCAGACUGUACACAGAUGUCACGUUUGGUCUGCUUCAAGAUUUUUCCUCAUAUCCAAGCGGACAAGCCAUGCCCUUCAACGGUGCUGCUGGCGUCAUUGGUCUAAGUAGAGAUUCGGAGCUCAUGUAUGAUUUGAAAAACCAUCUAGGAGAUACAGAAUGGGUAUGCGCUCUUGAUUCGUAUCGUCUUGGGAAAAAUGGUACAUGGAGCUUUGGAAAUAUCAGGCAUAAAGGGGAUAUCGCCUGGACGGAAGCUAGUCCACCAGGUCAGUUUGGGUCUUCUUGGUGGUCUAUCAAUGUCACUGCAAUAUCAGCUGCCGGUAGAAAGCGUCUCCCUCUGAAGUGGACCGCUGUGGUCGCCUCUGAAGAACAAUCUCUCGUCUGGCCACAAUCACUGUUAGACUGGUAUUUUGAAGCAAUUCCAUCUAGCAUAUGGUCGCCACAAGAUCGAACAUACCGUUAUCCUUGCAACCAGACUUUACCAGACUUUGUCUUUAGCAUUGGCAAUGGCACGUUCACAAUUCCUGGAACAUAUUUACCGUACCAGAAGGAUAAAAAUGGCAAAAAUUGUAUAACGAUUAUUACUGGAGACAACUCUACUCGAUCUGCCAUUCUUGGAUACCCUUUUGGGGCAUGGUGGGCGGAGCUGGGGGUUCUUGUUCUUGACUAUGAGAACAAACGAGUUGGCUUUGCAAACAAAUUAACGCCACUACCCGCUUUCAGGACAGAAGGUCUUCCAAGUAUCGAUGACUUUUAG